AAAUUCUACGAAGAAGAAUGUUUCACGUUCUCAUUUGAGAGUGUAAACGGAAUAUCCGCAGGAUCUUGCUGGUGACGCCAUCAACUAGCGCUGAGAAUUUAUGCUUGACGUGACGGAGAAUAGUGAGAAUAUGAUAACAUCUCGCAUCAAACUGUGGUUUUAAAUCCAUCUGCAAUUUUAAUGGUGUCUGAAUUCUGAAACACAAUUUUUAUUAUGCCAUUCAGAUUGCGUUAGCUAAUGAUUCUUUUGUUCUGUUUCAUUGUUUGCUUGUUCCUUAAAGAUCUCAAAGGGUCCACAAUCGCACAAUUUGUGAACUGCUCAUGGGAUAAAAUGGAAUGCCCUUCAAGUUGGAUAUCCACAAACACAUAGAUCUUGUAUUCUUUGUAGUAUAUUUAAUAGGACAUUGAGUUAUCCACUCACCCACCACAACACAUUGUUUCUAUCAAUUUUAUAGCUUCAAAUUUUUGGUGCAAACUGACAUGAGUUGCUGCUGUGAGUUCAACGGCUGUAAUCAAGGAGCCAAGGUUUUGGCUGUCAUUUUUGACUUGGAUGGCACCCUUUUGGACACAGAAAGGGCAACAAGGGGUGUGUUGAAUGAGUUUUUGGCAAGGUAUGGGAAAGAACUUGAUAGGGAGAAGGAAGAGAAGAAGAGGUUGGGGAUGACACAAAAGGAUUCAGCAGCUAUAAUUGUUAAGGACUAUGAACUUCCAUUGACACCUGAUCAAUUUAUCAAAGAAAUCACUCCUCUCUACAGGGAAAGGUGGGCAAAGGCCAAAGCAUUACCUGGUGCUAAUCGCCUUAUCAAACAUCUCCAGAAAAAUGGAGUGCCAAUGGCUCUUGCCUCAAAUUCCUUGCAAGAAAACAUAGAAGCAAAAAUUUAUCAUCACAAAGGUUGGAAAGAAAGCUUUUCUGUAAUUCUAGGAAGUGACCAGGUUAAAUCUGGGAAGCCUUCUCCAUAUUUAUUUGAAGAAGCUGCCAAGAAAAUGGGUGUAGAUGCAGUUAAUUGCCUGGUGAUUGAGGAUUCCUUGGUUGGUGUCAAGGCAGCCAAUGCUGCAAAAAUGAAGGUAGUGGCUGUCCCAUCUCGAAGGGAAGCUGAUUGUAACGGGCUAGCAAAUGUUGUUCUUCAUUCACUAUUAGAGUUUCAACCUGAGCUAUGGGGUCUUCCACCUUUUGAUGACUGGAUAGAUGACACAUUACCUAUUGACCCAUUACAUCUGAGUGGUUUGUAUGUCACUGGAUGUCUACAGGAAGCCACAGAGAAUGCAACACUUGCCCUUCCUGAUCAAGCUGUUGGGCUUUACUUCGGUUGGACCAAGGUUGAUACAGAUGAGAACCUCAAGAUAUUGGUCAGCAUUAAUAUUGACUUCUCCUGUGUUGGCUACAAAAAAAUACAUGUUUAUCUUAUUGAUGCAAACAGUGAACUUAAACAUAAGCAGAUGAUGCAAAUCCAUCUUGUUGGCUACAUAAGAGCGUGGGAUAACAAGGAACUCACGUCAACUGAAUUGGAGAAACUCGAUGAAUACAAGUCUAUUGCCAGAGCUUCACUGGAUUUGCCAUCAUUCACUUGUUGUUUAUAGAAAAGCCUCGCAUGGAGGGGACAGUCAAGUGACCUUUUAUUUGGCGAUGGGUGUAAUAAUUAUGCAACUGGUUGCAGCUUUCACAAGAAUAAUAACAACAAUGAAAUUAAUUCUGUAAAGAUAUGUAUGAAAUGAUUCAUUAGGAAAUGCUUGUAAUCAUUGAUAAAUAAUGUAUUUUUUUCAAAAAAUAAAUAAUAAUAUAGCUAUCAAUUGAUGUUCUCUAUCA